CCCUCUACCACAGGGGGACCCACGUCAGCCUCUGCCAAGCUGGAUCUUCAUGCUUGGUCCAUUUACCGCCAGAACCUCAACUCUGAUUUCACAGACUCAGCGCUGGGCUCCCAGGAAAAAACCACAUUGCCCUAUGGUAACUUCCAGCUACGAGAGUCUACGGUCCACACCAUCCUCAACAACCCCAGGUAUGGUCCCAAAAGUGAACUGGGCUCGAAUAUGUUUACCUACCUCAAGUUCGGACUACCUCGUGUGUUUCCUCCAACUCUGGCUGGGAGAGACGGCAGCAGCGGCUAUGACUCCAGCGAUGAUGGUGGAGCUGCAGCAGCAGCAACAACAGCAGGAGUAAGGAGAAGAGAGGAAGAGGCGUCACCUAUAGGACUGGGAGACAGGUACACAAGAAGCAAAAGUAACCCGGACUUGGUGGCAGCCAGAGACUGGAACCCACUAACCUCACCCAGGGACUCGAAGACCAAGAGCUCCAGUGAGGCCAACUUGCUGGCUUCAGACGUAUACUACCGUGAGCGUGAUGGUGGCGGGCGAGGCUUCAACAAACUGGAAGGUUCCCACAUAUCCCUCGUCUCCAGACGCUCUAGGCAACACGGCGCCAUAUUUAACCAGCCCCCGGAUGGUACAGCCUACCGAGAUCCGCCUAUGCUCAACGACAAGCUUUUUCCCCGUGACAACCCAUGGCCAGAAGAUGGUGGAAUAGAGGUGAAGGGUCCUCACCUACAGGUGCGUGGUGUGGUGUACGAAACUCGUGGAAGUGGAGGACCAACUCACCUUCUAGAUGGUAUCUCCCUCGAGGCUCGAGGUGGAGAGGUGUUGGCAGUCAUGGCUACUAAUGAGUCGGAGGGAUCGUGUCUGCUAGAUGUCCUGGCCAACCGACACGCUCGGUGGAAUGGUCGACUACGUGGAGAUUUUAUCCUUAAUGGCAACCACACCAAGCCAUCCAAAGUGGCUUCCAGAUCAGCAUAUGUGCAGCAGGAUGUUAACUUCUGCCCAGACAUGAGCGUUCGUCAAACAUUGCUUCUUCACACCUUCUUCCGUUCCUCUGGUGACCUUUCCAGGGUCAGAGAUGUUAAGGCAAGGAUCAAUGGGCUGAUCAAUGACCUGGGGCUAGAACAGGUGCGACACACACGAGUAAAAGACCUGACUCUAAGUGAGCGACGUCGGCUCAAUGUGGCUUGUCACCUUUUACUGGAGACUGAUGUCGUCCUCCUUGAUCAGCCCACUCGAGGCAUGGACAUCUUCGACACCUUCUUUCUUGUCGAGUACCUGAGACAGUGGGCAUGUCGAGGCCGGAUAGUGAUCCUAACAAUACAACCUCCCACCUACGAGAUCUUCACCAUGAUUUCGCGUGUGGCACUCAUAUCCACAGGUCGUCUAAUGUAUUUUGGCAGGAGGAGAGAAAUGCUUCCAUACUUUGCCUUCAUUGAGUACCCAUGUCCAGCUUACAAGAAUCCCUCAGAUUACUAUCUUGAUCUGGUGACUUUGGAUGAUCUGAGUGCUGAGGCGAUGCUUGAAUCAUCACAGAGAGUGGAGAUGCUGGCAGAAACUUUCAGACGCCGGCAAGAGGCACUGAGUGAUCCAGGGCCUCCAGGACCUCUUCCACCAAAAGUCCAUAAAGAGAACCUAUGCCUUCAGCUCCUUGGUCUGUGGAUCCGUGCAAUGAUUUACCAGUUCCCAUACAACAUGGUGCACUGGUUGGCAAUGACAGUGGUGGCUGGGAUGAUGUCAGUGGUGGUGGGUGCGGUGUACUGGGAUGUUCGAAGUGCGCCUGUCCAGCACCAGGAUAAUGUCAAUAACCGUGCUGCUUUCCAUUAUGUUAUGGUUGGCCUUGCUCUUUGGCCCAUCCUCCUCAUGGCAGUCUCUGAAGUAUGGCGGGAUAAGCCUGCCUUGGCCAGGGAUGUGGAUGAUGGCCUAUACUCCAGGGCCAUAUAUAUAAGUACUAAGGACUUGUCAGCAUGGACGUGGCCAACACUUUGGUGGUCUCCUGCUCGCUGGGUCCUCCAUGAAGUCAACCGCUAUGAGUUCGAUAGCACCAAUGAGUUUCUCUGUGACCGCAAUCCUGUCCUGCAGGACUCUCUCUCAGCCAUCCAGAGAAAGGCACCGUGUGGGGUUGUGACAGGAAAUCAAGCACUCCGCUACAUGGGCCUGCCAGAAACAAAUCUCCCAGAUAUAUUUUAUCCUGCCAUCUUCAUCCUAGUGGCUUACCUUUGUGGUCAGAUUGUCACUAUCAUUGCCUUUGUAGCCAGCAAGAAACCCAAUCGAACGAAGAAAUAUAGAAUUGAAUAAUUUUUUAUUCUUAUCAGGAAUAGUAUUCAUUUUUAAGAAAAUGAGUGAAGGGGUUUUUUACAUUGUUAAUUUUCAACAUGUUGACAGGAUGCAUGAUAGUUCAUUAUUUUAUUGUUCAUUUGAUUUUUAUAUUAAUGUACAUAAAUUAUAUAAUCAUGGGGGAGUGCUAAACCCAUAGGAUUAUACAGAUUAAUGUAUUAAGACUAAAAUUUGUCUACUAGUAAUUAUAAGUAGCAGAUGGCAAAAGCUGACAGUUCGUGAAUCAAACAACAUGAAGAGUAAGCCUUAUUAUUUAUGAAUGUUUUGCCACUGUGGAGCUUCAAGGAUUUGAUAAAGCCCCCACAGCAGAAGAAAUGUAAAAGGCUUUCUUCAUGUUUAUUAUUUACUUCAAAAUAGAAGGACAUGUACAACACUGAUUUUCCUGCAUUCUUGGUUCCUAGGCUUUUAGAGUAGGACCCCUGUAUCUGUGGUUUCACUUAUCCACAGUUGACCAUGACCUGAAAAUAAGCCUUAAUUUUUUUAAUAAUUACCACAAAGCACAAAAGUAGUGAUGGUGACAGUUCUUCAGAGCCAAAGAGAAACCAUGAAGUGCUUCCCAUUAAUGAAAAAGUGCUAAUUCUUGACUUAUGCAUAAUUUAUCAAUUAAACUUUUAUCAUAGGUAUGUAUGUAAAUGAAAAAUGAUAUACAGUGGACCCCCGGUUUACGAUAUUAUUUCAUUCCAGAAGUAUGUUCAGGUGCCAGUACUGACCGAAUUUGUUCCCAUAAGGAAUAUUGUGAAUUAGAUUAGUCCAUUUCAGACCCCCAAACAUACACAUACAAGCGCACUUACAUAAAUACGCUUACAUAAUUGGUCGCAUUGGGAGCUGAUCAUAAACCGGGGGUCCACUGUAUGUAGGGUUCGCUACUAUCCAGGGUUUUGGGUAUCCACGGUAGGUCUUCGAACAUAUCACCCACGCAGAUGCAGGGGUCCUACUGUAUAUUGAUCUCUGUCAGAACAACAGAGAUCAUGCAAUAUAUUGACUAAACAAUACACCUCUAACACCGUAUUCUACCAGAAACUUGAAUUAAACUUUAGGUUAAAUGAAACGGGUUUAUUAAUAAAUUUACAAAGUAUGUUGCAGUACCACCACUCCUAGAAUGGUAGAUUUUAGAAUUUUACUGGAACUACAGGGCUAAUCACUAGCUAUAGCUAGGGUUGCUAGCAGAAUAUUCUGAGAAUUGCACAGAAUCAAGGGAACUCCAGCAACUGCAAUGUAAACAGUAUAAGUGAACAUGCACUAUGUACAAUGGGUCUGUGAUUGCCAGGUAAACUAUUUUGGCAAAAAAAAAAAAUGCGUUGUAAUUUUGUCCGUACUAAAAGCUGUGUUGGAUGAUCCAUUGCUGGUAAAUCAGUGUUGUACCUGUAUUCCAAGCAUCUUAUUUAUUGUGUUGUGCACAUCCUUGAUGAAAAUAAUGCGCUUUAUGAAGAGUGGAAGGUAAAUGCUGUUACGAGUCAGUCAUCUCAUCCUUCAUAAUUUUUCACUUCUCUGCACCACACUGAAGAAAUGCAUUUAUCUUAGGUGGUCAUGGCAUAAGCAUUCAGAUUUCCUGAUUUAAACUAGAAUUUCUAGCCUUUUCCAUUUUACUUAGUCAUUCUUAUGAUACUUUACAUUUCCACCUAAAACAAUGGGCUAUGAUUUUUUUUCUUUUUGUGGAUGAAUUUGUGGUGGGGAAGGGGGCAGCUUCAGAUGUACAGAUAGUAGAUGUGCUCAUUAAUUUAAUUUUUGACCAUGUGUUAAUGAGUGUAAAGUUUCAUAAAUUUUGAUGCACAGCAUAAACCUUUCUGUCAUUGGAAUUUAAAAAAAUGACUAUUUUCAUUAUGGCCAGUUGUAAGUGCCCAGUGAAUAGCACAGUAGUAGUAGUUGUUGCUUAUUUGUAGCAAACAAACCACAGUACAUUGUGUGUCAAUGAAUAACUGUCAUUUGGUCCAGUAGUGAGUACUGUUCUAACAUACGACUCUUGAGACAUCUGCAGCAUAGUUGGAUCCAAGACAGUAUACGUAUUAGUAUGUAUACUCGAGGCUGUGUAUGUAGUGCAUUUUACAGCAGUGAUAGAACUUGUGCAAUACUCGGCAGUCAUUUUCAGGAGUUUCAUUUUGUAUUUGGCAUAUUGUAAAUAGAUGGUUGUUUGUGGAUAUACAGUGAACCCCCGCAUAACGAUAUUAAUCCGUUCCUGAGAGCUCAUUGUUAUGCGAAAUUAUCGUUAUGCGAAUGAAUUUUCCCCAUAAGAAAUAAUGGAAAUCAAAUUAAUCCGUGCAAGACACCCAAAAGUAUGAAAAAAAAAAUUUUACCACAUGAAAUAUACAUUUUCCUACACACAAAGAGAAGGAUACAUGCACAAUAGUAGAGCAGUACAUGCACAAUAUAUAUUGUGCAUGUACUACUCUACUAAAUGAAGAAUAAAUGACGCUUACCUUUAUUGAAGAUGCAGCAAUGACUGAUGAGACACUGUGUCCUGGGAGUGCCUUUUCCUCCUGAGUACUGUAGGUCCUGUUUGGCAUUUUCUUCCAGAACAAGCCUUAUCACACUGUGUAUGCCACUACGAUUCUUAAAUCUCUCAAACCAACCUCUGCUGGCUUUAAAUUCACCAAUACGAGCACUAGUUCCAGGCAUUUUUCCCUGUUCACCUGGGUGUUAGUCGACUGGUGUGAGUUGCAUCCUGGGAGACAAGAUUAAGGACCCCAAUGGAAAUAAGUUAGACAGUCUUCGAUGACACUGACUUUUUUGGGUUAUCCUGGGUGGCUAACCCUCUGGGGUUAAUUGUUUCUUGGUAUUCUCAGUAAGCCACACCAGCAACAGUGCUACAGCAGCAGCAGCAGCAGCAGCAGCUGACAGUGCUACAGCAGCAGCAGCAGCAGCAGCAGCUGACAGUGCUACAGCAGCAGCAGCAUCAGCAGUUGACCAUGGUACCACAGUAUUUCGAUAAUAUUUCUCACCCUUUUUACCACAGGGUUGGCACUAGAAGUUUUCUUGGGGCCCAUGGUCACUUAUUUUGCAGAUAAAAUCACCAAAAACGCUGUAAUAAUACGAAAUGUUCCGAUUGUAUGCUUGGAUGUUACCGUGGAGGCUGGCUUGUAAACAAUGCCACCGGCGGAACAUGUGAGGCUGGCUCAGGCCGCACAUUAGACGCGUCUCGGACGAAUAGCGUUGAGUGGGUUUUUUAGCGGUAUGUGAGGCAAAAUCUUAGCAAUAAAAUGUAUCGGUAUGCGGAUUUAACGUUAUGUGAUGCCAACGGUAUGCGGGGGUCCACUGUACAUACAUUAAUAGACUGUCAAAAUUUCACUGUAUAUACCAGUGUUUAUUAAUAUCUGCUCAUUUUGUAGAAUAAUUCAAUUUCAGGAAAUAUGCAUAAAUAGAUGCACCGUAUCUUGUAAAGUUAAUGUUAAACAUUUCUACAUUUUUAUCCAGUGUAUGUUUAUGUGGUACUGAUAAUGUUCUUCUCAUAUACAUAUUAAGUUUUACCCCAAGUAUGAAGUCAACACUUUUUUUUUUUUUUUUUUACACAUUCUUAGUAUUGUAUUCAUUAGUCACCAGUGUUCAUCUUUACUUUUAACCCUUAAACUGUCCGAACGUAAAUCUACGUUCACAUGUGUAACGCUCCGACCUUGAUUUUCCCCAUUUGAAAGCAUGUAAAAAAAAACGUAGAUCUACGUUCGGAGCUCCCUGCACGUGGAUGUAGAACUACGUUUGGACAGUUUAAGGGUUAAUUAUGAUGACCAGUAAUAACCAAGUGUUAGGUGUCACUUUCUUCAUAUACACUUUCAGAGUACCUGACUCACUGAUAUACCUAUGUUCAGGUUGGUGUUAGCCAGAGGGCUGACCCGUCUUGUCAAGUGUUUGAUCAGUCAGGUUGAUGCUACUUUCAAGCUUAUAGUCAUUACAAUCUAGUUGAUCAGGCAUUUGUUGCAGGAACUGGUAUGGUUACCUUUAGAUGCUCAGACCAUGAAUAAUACUGCACUCAAUCCAGUGAUAAAACGGAUACGUACCUCAUAUGUCAUGCUCAUUUUUUAAGAAAUCGGAAGGGAAAAAUUAACAGAUGCUAGUAGCAUGUUUUCUCAUUUAUUGUUAAAUUUAUGGUUAAUUAAACCUGGGAAAAAUUAGUUUGAUCCUGAGCAUAAUAAAUAACUAAGAUAUGGCAGUACUGUACUAAUUUUUUUAAUAGAAAUUAACAAUUUAUAAUUUACAAUUACAGUAUUUAGGUACUCCUGUGUAAUGUAAGAAUACUUUUGUCUUUGCUCAUGUUCAAGAAUAGUUGUACUCACCAUGUCCUAUGAUAUAUCCAGGUUUUAGUAUGCAGUAUUAUGCCAUGUGUGGUAUAUCAUAAUCAUGAUAUAGUGUAACAAGGUUUUAGUACAUAUAGCUGCGGCAUAUCAAGAUUGUGCAGUACACUGUGGUUGUGGUAUAGCAUAACAUGGAUUGUAUGUGAAGGUUGUGGUGUAUAGCCGUUCUCGUGUGAUACAAUCACACAGUAGGUGAGGUUUGAACCUAUGACAGGAGGGUUCUAAAACUUGCAGGCCAUUAGUUAACAAAUUGGCCUACAAGUAUUAGGACUCGCCUGUCAUGGGUUCAAGCCUCACCUGUUGUGAUUUCUUUUUGUAAUCAUAUUACAGUUUUGUGAUGCAUCAGUUUUGCUAUAGUACUAUACUGUGUAUCCAGGCCUUGGUAGAGUAUUAAAGCUAAGUUGUAUUCUAUUACAACCUUGAUACAUGAUAAAAACAAUUUGCAAGAAUCUUUUCUGUGUACUUGCAACAAAACAUUUAAAUUUAACUAUUUUAGUUAUAAAUACUGUACUUAGUUCUUUGUUAUCAUUGUUCCCUUUAUGUAAAGAAAUAAGGGUAGAAGUUUAAGUCACACUGUAAUUUCUAGUAAGGUAGUUUCCUCGUGAACUGAAAAUAUCCUUUAUACAGUUUCCAGUAAUUUUGAUUCAGGCAUUUUAAAUUCUUAAAACUUGUGCUUCCAUCUAGGGAGUUGCCAUGAUGCCAGUGUAAGGUUAUUGAUCUAAAGAAUUGAAGCUGCCCUCCCAUUUCCCAAGGGUAGUUUGAACCUUAAAGGUUUAGUGUUCCUCCGUGACCCAUCCGUGUCAGCGGAUGGGUCUAUGAAAGAUGAGGUGAAUCAUAGAAUUGAUGAGGGGAAAAGGGUGAGUGGUGCACUUAGGAGUCUGUGGAGACAAAGAACUUUGUCCUUGGAGGCAAAGAGGGGAAUGUAUGAGAGUAUAGUUUUACCAACACUCUUAUAUGGGUGUGAAGCAUGGGUGAUGAAUGUUGCAGCGAGAAGGCUGGAGGCAGUGGAGAUAGUCAUGUCUGAGGGCAAUGUGUGGUGUGAAUAUAAUGCAGAGAAUUCGUAGUUUGGAAGUUAGGAGGAGGUGCGGGAUUACCAAAACUGUUGUCCAGAGGGCUGAGGAAGGGUUGUUGAGGUGGUUCGGACAUGUAGAGAGAAUGGAGCGAAACAGAGUGACUUCAAGAGUGUAUCAGUCUGUAGUGGAAGGAAGUCGGGGUAGGGGUCGGCCUAGGAAAGGUUGGAGGGAGGGGGUAAAGGAGGUUUUGUGUGCAAGGGGCUUGGACUUCCAGCAGGCAUGCGUGAGCGCGUUUGAUAGGAGUGAAUGGAGACAAAUGGUUUUUAAUACUUGACGUGCUGUUGGAGUGUGAGCAAAGUAACAUUUAUGAAGGGGUUCAGGGAAACCGGCAGGCCGGACUCGAGUCCUGGAGAUGGGAAGUACAGUGCCUGCACUCUGAAGGAGGGGUGUUAAUGUUGCAGUUUAAAAACUGUAGUGUAAAGCACCCUUCUGGCAAGACAGUGAUGGAGUGAAUGAUGGUGAAAGUUUUUCUUUUUCGGGCCACCCUGCCUUGGUGGGAAUUGGCCAGUGUGAUAAUAACAAAAAAAACACAGUAUAAUAUUAUUUGGGGGGAAAUGUGACCCUUACAGGUUUAGCUCUUGGUUAUGAUUAUAAUAAUUGGAGGAAAUGCUAAACAAUUAGAUUAUACAUCACCUUGGGGAAAUAGGCAACAGAUCCACAUCCAAGAAAGAGUAAGACAGGUCCAAGUCUUUUUAUCAAGGGACUGUCACUGGCAUCAGUGAACCUUCCCAGAAAGGUACAUUAAUGUUUAUAUUUUCAGUUUGAUGAAUGAUUUACUCCAGUUUUUGUUAUAAUGGUUUGUUUUUAAGUGGUUACUCUAGGAAUUUUACACUAACAAUGCACAUUUAAAAAUUACUCAUUAUGCUAUUACAUAAACACAAGUUGUCAAGUAUAGAUAAGGAUUUUUUAUAACAGUAUAGCAAGUUUAUUUAGACACGGCAUGCAAUUUUACAUUAAAAUUACUUUGCAUAGUAGUGUAAAUUGUUAUUAUGCAAGACACUUUUAAUGUAAAUUUAUAUAAUGUACUUAAACUUAUACGUAGUGUCAUAAAAGAAAACCUUGUCUAUAUUUUAUAACUAAUAUGUAUUUCAUCUUAAUUUUUAUGAUUAUACGUAUAUCUAAGAAUUGACACCAUUUGCACUUUUCAUAUUUCAUAAUUUAUUUCACAUGUAAUUUUUGUACAUAUUUAAGAAAUGCGUAACUUCAGCAAUGUAGUGUAUAAUACAGGUAUUCAUUCUUUAUUUAUAAUACACUAACAAAUUUUUUAUAAAAUAUGAUUUUUUGCUACAUUUUAUAUAUACAAGAAAAAAAAGUGUAUUUUAUAAGUCUUGCAUCAGCAACUUAAUUUUAAAUGGGUAGCAAUUAUGUAGGCCUAUUUAUGUACAUGUAACUGAUAGAAUAUCAGAGGCCAGGAGCUGACUGUAACAACUGUUAACUCGCCAAUGUACAAAUGCUCCCUGCAUUUUUUUUUUUAUUAUUAAACACACACACUUGUUUUGUAGAUUUGUAAAUAAAGUGAUACAUUGUUUUGCACUUUUGAUAAUAUAAAACUAUGUACAGUGGUACUUUGACUUAAGAGUUUAAAUCAUUCCAUGAGUGAGCUCAUAACUGAAUUUGCUCAUAUAUCAAAUCAGUUUUCCUCACUGAAAUGCCAUUAAUAGAUUACAGCCCCCCCCCCCCCAGAUGUUAGAGGUUUUUGAAUAAGAAAAAUGUAUUUAUAAAUAAGAAAUAUUGUAUAAAAACAUAAUAUAAAGAAAUAAACUAGUUUUAAAAAGUAAUUACCUUGGAGAUCAGAUGACUUGGGCUACCGGAAGAUGCUGGAAAAGAUGGGCAAAGGAGAUUGGAGGAGUUAGUUUUGUUUCGUGCUUUUUCGGUCGCUUUCAUUCAUCAUAAACUAUCACUUAAAUUGCUACAAUUUUCCUUCUGCUUUAAGAUGGUACGUCAUAGAAGUACUACACUCGUACUGCCUCCCCAAGUCGACCUCUUCAAGGGGGGCUCCUUGGCGUGGUGAAGAGGCUCUUGGUCUGAGGAAUUAGACCUAUCGGUCUUCUUCCUCAGACCGAACCUAAUUACCCCCCAAUCUCCCCUCCCCUAUCCC